GUGGGAUCCAUCAAUCGUAAAUUCAGCUCAGCCAAAAACCAAAAAAAAAAAAAAAGAUAAAAGACAAAGAAGAGAAACCAGCAUGGCCGAGAAGUCUACCUCGACGCCACCCUCGAAACUCCAAGCCACGAGUGCCCGACUGCAAACCAGCAUUCGCAGAGAACCAUUAGCAGCCUUCCGAGUGUUUUUCUUUGUCCUAAUCUGGACGCUCGCCCUAGCGAAUGUGGUGAUUGUAGUUCAAGAAUUCCAGGACUCGCUCCCAUUUAUAAUCGGCGUAGGCGGGCGGAGACGGAUCGGGAUCGAGGACUCCAGACGCCAAGCUUUGCCCGUCAUCAUCGCGCCUUCUGUCACCCUGAUCAUCCUCAUCCCGAUCGCCGUCGGACUUCCCCUGUUCGGGAUCGCUGGCUUCUUGUCUCGAUACAUCAUCGAAGCACUCUGGACUGGCUUGAUUGUAGUGUUAACCUUAGCUGGCGCUGCGUCUCUCUCUCCGCAACCAACUUCACCCUUACUACCAAGAACACUCCAAUACAAUCUUUCUCUUGUUCUUGCUCUCUCCUUCUUCAUCGUGAUUUUUCUCAGCUUUUACAACAUCAUUCUACUCUGUCGGAUCAGUUUCUUGCUUGGGAAGGGUAUCCCGAAUCCGCUCCAUGCACCGGUGCCCUCCUUAUUAUUGGGAAUGAAAACCCAAGAGGAUCUGGCCGGAGACGAGCAAUCGGAAAAGGUGGUCGAGGAUCAUACCCAACAGGCUACGCCGUCAGAAAUCGCUCGCGUCGACCAGAGACUCGAAAACGGAUCCAUCAAGACUCUCAGCUCCGGAUGGGACGACGAGGACGAUGGCAAGCCAAGCAAGGCCCCAAAAAAUGAAUCCGGAUUCGCAAAAGCAAGAGCAAUCUUUUCUUCUCCAUUGAAAAGUUCUCCUUCGAAAUCUUAGUUCUCAGAAGUAGCCCCAUCAACUUAAUUUUUCUACCCCUGUAAAAAUUGUGGAC